UUACUGAAUAGUUACAUAUAUUGGAGACGUUAUAUAAUAGGAAUGAAAGGAUGAGUGAAGAGAUAUUCUAUAUUCUUCUAACAAGUCCUGUGAUUCAAUCCCAACGAGCUCUGUUGUAUCUCAAAAGUGUGUGUGUGCCAUUGAUUUCCAUUAAAAACAGAUCAAUGAGCCUCAUGAUCCUUCAUAAACACACAAGAUGGACAAGUAAAAUUGACCAAAACCAAUUUAUAUUGUUACCAUCAAUAAAUAGUCCAAAUUUCAUUUUCAUUUUUGAUACAAUAAGUGAUGAAAUAACAGAGAUGAACCAGUUAAGAGAAAACCUGCUGGCGGCCAAACAAGAGCUGAGAAACCUCAGUGAGCAGCUGAACUUAGAGAAGGAAGACUCGAGAAAGGAACUCAACAGUCUGAAGCUGCAGCUGGAAAACAUGACGCAAAACUAUAAUCUCUCAGAAGGUAAGAACACGAAGCUGGAGAACGAGAUCCAGGAGCUGAAGACAGAGAACCAGGAGCUGAAGGAGAACUUCACAAAACAAAUCACAGACCUGGAGGACAACUGGGAGAAGUUCAAUGUCAGCAGAGCUCAGUGGACCAUCGACUCCUACUGCCCAGCAGAUACAAGUAAAGCGAGAACGUGUUCAGCUUGUCAGAGAGGCUGGGACCAGAUCCAGAAGAGCUGCUAUGUGUUUUAUAACAGUGAAGCUCCUCCUGAUCCUAAAACCUGGGAAGAAGCUCGAGAGAACUGCAGAGGAAAGAGAGCAGAUCUGUUUGUUGUUCAUGAUGAGGAGGAAAAGAACGUAAUCGAUGGUAAGAUCACACACAUCCCUGUAUCUAAGGGGUACUGGAUGGGCCUGAGGGUUGAAGGAGGGACGUGGAAGUGGAUCGAUGGAACUGAUCUGACGAACGCCUCCUGGAUAGAACCUCCUGCUGAAGGUUACUGUGCCGUUUCUCUCGGGAACAAAGGAUGGACAUCAGUGAAGUGUGAUGAGAAGAGAACAAGGAUCUGCUCACAGAAAGCUUUGUCUGUUUAAACGUCCCAUCUUUCAUUCUCCAGAAGGUUCCUGGAUGCUCCUACAUGGGACAUCAAGUGGCUCAUCAACAUACAAACAUGUAGGAUUCUACUUCACAACUAUGAUUUUAUUCAAGGUUUUCAUUUCUACAGAAAAUAGCUUUUAUUUUCUAAAGUGUUGUGUUCUUCAAAGCAGAAUCUCAGCUUCAAGGUGUUUUAUUGGAUCCAAUAGAUACUUUGAGUGGGAAUUCAGACGUCAGGACCAAACUGUUGAUUGUUCAUAACUUCCUGUGUGUUUCCUUGUGAUCUGUUAGAGAAGCAACGCUUGUGAUUUACACAUCAGCAGCUUCCUGAUUUAUUUCUUCUUGUUUCUACCUUUGACCAGCAGGGGGCGCUGCCUGCUGGUUCUCUGCACUUUGCAUCAAUACUUAGAACCAUAUUGAACUUGCACAGCUGAUGUUUCUCAGUUUAUCUUUGUAGCAGCAGGUUCAUCUUUUGGUCUCUUGUUGUUGUUGUUGUUGUUGUUAAUAAAUGUGCAGCCACA